CAAUAACAAGACUGGCGCAGCUCUUCGGCACUCACAGUCCCGUGCUGUCGUUUCGAAUGCGGGGUGCACGACGUCUCGAUCAUCGGCACCGAGUCAAACCUCCCUUGUUGCUUGGAAAUGCUUGGCGGUGUCACUACUGCAUCCUCGGUGGACGGUGAUAUCUAAAAGCUGACUGGCCGGCAGCUUCAACAGCUCGCCCUUUUCAUAUGACUUCAAGCUACCUGUACAGUAGAGCUAACGGAGAGGUAAACGACAAGCCACUUUCUGACCUUAUGAGGAGUUUGCGUUCCUUCCCUAUUCAGCGAUAACUGCUAGGUCUAAAGCAUGCAGCUUCAAGCAUUGAGCGCGAAGCUAUGGGCUACUUUCGCUACGAACUGGUCCCUGGGCUUCACCGCAUUCGGUGGGCCAAAUGUCCACUUUCAGAUUUUCCGUAAGAAGUUCGUGGAUGAUAUAGGGUGGAUCGAUAUGCAAGUGUACCAGGAACUGUUCGGCAUAUGUCAAGCCACCCCCGGUCCUGCUUCCACGAAGAUGCUUUUCUGCAUCAAUGCUAUCCACUUCAAUAUCCUUGCCGGUCUCUUCGCGUUCCUGAUUUGGUCUCUGCCCGGCGCUCUGGGUAUGUACGGCCUCUCGCUGGGGAUUGCCAGAGUCGGGGACGUCCUGCCGGAACCGGUGUACGCGCUCUUGACAGGUCUAAACGCAGCAACUGUUGGCAUCAUCGCGUUGGCCGCUGUGCAGCUGGCGGAGAAGGCUAUCACUGACCGCUUGACGAGGCUGAUUGUCGUCUUCGGCGGGUGCGCUGGGAUCUUGUAUACGGCGUUGUGGUACUUCCCAGUAUUGCUGUUUCCGGCAGGUUUGGCGACGCUGGUAUGGGACUACCGGUGGCCGCAAAGUCUCGGUACUGCUGUCGUUCGACUGGUUCGUCCACGCCAAGUCGAUGAACGGGACCAAAGCCGUGAUAUCGAACUCCAGCACGCCGGAAGUCCAGAUGUGCCGGUUGAUCCCUCGGGAGGCAAGGCGCGAUCGCGUGCAUCUGCCCGUGAAGCCUCACAGCCAACGAUGUCUAACGAAGCCUCUACGAGCAAUGUAGCAACAGCUGUAACGGACGAGCCACGCACAGUCCCAGUAGAAGUGCAGAUGAACGUAUUUUCCUGGCAGGUCGGUGCCUUGCUCAUCGCCUUCUCGCUCGCUCUCUUGGCUACCGUGCUAGUCCUGCGCGGCGUGCUUGAUCACCCUCCUCGUGGAAUCUCCAUCUUCGCCAACCUGUAUCUGGCCGGCACCAUCAUCUUCGGCGGCGGACCCGUCGUCAUUCCUCUCCUGCGUGAGUACGUCGUCGCGCAGGGCUGGGUAUCCCCUCGAGACUUUCUGCUGGGGCUGGCCAUCAUCCAAGCAUUUCCCGGACCAAAUUUCAACUUCGCGGUGUAUCUUGGCUCGCUAUCCGCACUACAUACGCCCUUACCAACCGCAGUCGGAGCAUUGGUGGCUUACCUCGGCAUCUUCGCUCCGGGUCUGUUGAUCUCGGCUGGCUUGAUGGGUAUCUGGACGAGACUGCGCUCGCAGAGAUGGCUGAAAUCUUUCCUGCGUGGCGUCAAUGCGCUGGCUGUUGGACUGGUCUUCACAGCGGUGUACAAGUUGUGGCAGAUUGGGUACAUAGAUGCGGAGCACAGUGUAGGCCAACCACUUGGUACCGAUGCAUGGUGGGUGGUGGUGACUGCGACUAGCUUUACAGGGAGCCGGUGGUUUGGUCUCAAUGUUGCCGCUGCGAUCUUGCUUGGUGGCGUUAUGGGCUUGGUAUGGUACGGCGUGAGGCAGGCAUGAGUAAAAGCCUACAGUGUCGCACUGCGCGACCUCAUUGAAUAUGCCAAGAGCUUAUGCCGGUACUGUGUCGUGCUGUCAGCAAACGCGAUGCAUCAAGACCAGAGUCUGUUGUCGAUUGUGGGAUGUUAGUACUUACAUUGUGGGAACGGUGUCAGAAUUGGUGUAAAGGGCUUGGGCCUCGAUACAAUAUUGUUAUACGGGCAAGCCCGUUGGGUUUCAGAAUAACUACCAACACCUUGGUCUUGAUACGGAGAUCGGUCUGGCGGCAAGCCCAUAGACUGUGUAGUGAGUAAGAAGACGAGACGCAAGGGCCAACGUCAAAACAGGAUGUGCGCCUGAGCAGGAGCUCUCCUGUUGAAGAUCUUCUUAAAGUGUAUAAUGAAUUCGAAGCCACUUGGCAAUGAGAGACCGUGGCGAAGUUACUCGACCGCUAUA